GACCAGUCUGCUAACACCAUCCAUUCAUCCUUGCUUACGCUACUAAGUCACCUGACAAGAUACACCUCACGCCACCGACUGUAUUUGCUUCUGUUGACAUUGUGGCCGGGUUGAAACCGUGUCAAAACCAUCUUGCAGCGACUUGAACACCGACGACGAUAGCGACGACGGAACGACCGACACAAGGUCCUUUUGAUUAUUUCCGCUGGGACUUGCACCUUAAUUUCUAAAACAAACUGGAUCUUCGUACAUCUCAACGACUUCCUCUAACGGGUUGGUGACAAGACCUGCAAUAGACUGGUUAUUGUCACCCUGGUUAUGGCUCAGCGUCGUUCACCACAUAGACUUCCAAAUAGCAACAGUCUGGCGCGUAGACAGUACUCGCUCCGCCAUACAUCCGCUGCAAAACGCGCUCUUGCUUUUGUCAAUAGAUUUCAGCGUUCCACAGCUAAUUCUCACGCGGUGGGCGCGUCUCCCCCGUCAUCUUCAGACACAAUUGAUUCGCGUCCCAUCUUGGCUACAUUGCAGCCCAAUCUGCGACGGCUGCCAUCUCGUCAGUAUCUUUUGAUGAAACACAGCACCCGAGAUAUCACCCAAAACCUUGACGUUCCUAUUGGUUCCAAGAGAAAGCGCGUCGCGUCGGUUAAUGAAAAUACCCAAACUGGCGGUCGGCCCGCUCGUGGGGCCCCAAAACUGAAGAGAAUAAAAACUACGCUUCGGGACUAUUCCAGCGAAGAAGAGGAGCUUAGUGAAAUGGAAGUUGAUGUUCCUGGCCGAUGGGCUGCGUCUGAUACAUCUGAGAUUGACUACGAUGAAGAAGCGUCCGACGAGUUUCUCAUAAAUGAAGCAUCUUUGGGCCAGCUUAAACGUCGUCGGAAAGAUGAACUCCUUCAGCUGUACACUGCAGCGGGUCUAUCAGACGAUGUUCACAGCCUUACAAAGUCGGAGCUUGCAGAAGCAAUUAUUGCAGCGCGAGACGAUAUUGUCUCAUUACCUCCCUCUUCUCCCGGGCGGGACGCGAGUGAUUGUUCCUCGGACGAUGGCAAUGCUGCAGGUGACGAGGAAACUGAUUUUGGAGCUAAAUAUCGAGUUCCCCCGGGUCUCCGGCGUCGUGCUACUGUUAACUUGGCUGCAAAUCCGCGUUUUUUGAAAACACGCAGCUUGUCUCUCGGAGAUAUCAACGCCAGUCACUCAUACCCCGACGAGCUACACGUUGCCCCUAAGGCCAAUGGUGCACUCGCCCCGGCACGACGGACAACUAGAUCUACAUCUAGUCGAUCUUCACCCACGCCAAGUUCCUCCAAUCAGUUGCCGUCCCCUCCUGCUACAAGAUUGCGUGCUCGCAAGGUAUCCGCCGAGGUUGUCGUUCCUCGUAGCUCUACCAGGAGCAAGGGCAAGGGCAAACAAGUUGAAUUUAGCGAAGAUGUCAAGAUCGGUGAAUCUGCUGCAUUGGGCGAGGAGAGUGAGCUUACCGAUCUCACUGAGCUGGAGGAGAAGAUUGCCUCGGGCUCACCCAGUCCUCGUCGGCUACGAAGUCGGGAGAAGCGUAGUGAAGUUAGCGAUGAGCAGGACUCUGACACACCAAAGCAACGGGGGAGGGCUAGAAGGCAGACUUCGAAAGAGGAGGAGGCAGAAAAUGGUCUGGAGGACGAGGAAGAGGUCGAUGAGCUUAUCUCAUCUCCGUCUCCUACACCACCGCCCAUGCGAGGUCGAGGAACUCCCGUGAAAAGACGACUUCGCUCUCGCAGACUACAAACACAUACUCCCCCAAGUGACGGAGGGGAAGGUGACGAUGAAGAGGAAGCUGAUGAGGAACAAGUAGAAGAGGGUGUGGAGGCGAUCGAGGAUUGUUCAGGCAUGGAUGACGAGGAAUCGGAGCUGUCCGAGCUGUCUGAGGAUAGCCGAGAUAUGGACGGAGAUGAUGAUGCGUAUAUGGACGAACGUGCCCCUCUUCUGCCAACAAUAACUCCACGGAAGCUACGCAACGGGAAGGUGGUUGGGGAAGAAUGUGAAGAAGAAGCACUUGGCGAAGAUGAUGAGCAAGACGGUGACGAGUCGAUUGACCUGGAAGCCGAGGAUAUCGAUAUUGAUGCUGAAGGGGAGGAUGAGUCAACUGAGGAGGUCGAUGAAGCCAUAGAGGGCGAUGAAUUCGAUCUCGCUGUGGCCACCAAGAAGACCCUUCUCCGCAUGCGUCGUGAUAACCUUGUCCGGAUGUGUGAGACUCGGGAUCUGGAUGUUGUUGGUACGAAGCCUCAGCUCGCGCGGUCACUUCUUCAGUGGCGAGAUCAACGAACGAGCGAAUUCUCCUCACCGUCCUCCACUGGCACCAUUCGUCCACCAUCAACCCCUCGUCAUCGUGCUAAUGGCCGGCGAAAGACCAAGAGUCGGAGUCAAAGCAAUACCCCUCCUGUCCUUAUGCGCUCCCAGCGAGUUCAUCAAGACGAACCGCGGACCCCUCCUCUGUCGCGCGAGAACACGGCUCAGGCGGACCCAGAGCUAGAAUUGGAUCUCGAAAGCCUGGGUUUGGAAGAUCGAGAAAUUCCACCCGAAAAGCUCACGAAACUUGAGAAGAUUGGUAGUGGGGGCUUCAAGGAUGUUUACAUCGGCAAGUUCAAGGGCAGACGGGUCGCCAUUGCGGAAUUCCGAGAUCAGCUCAAUUCAAUGGACAUCAAAGAACUCAAGCUCCUCGGUGGCUUUGAUCACCCGAAUAUAGUUCGCUUCCUUGGUGUCAGCAUACCCGAGAACACGCGCGAGACACCUGUGAUGAUUGUCAGUGAAUUGUGCUCGAAUGGCGACCUCUUCGACUACAUUCGCAAUGUUCCUGCUCCGUCCCUGAAAAAAGCUUUGAACAUCAUGCUGGAUAUUGCGCGUGGCCUGGAAUACCUUCAUAUGCGCAAGCCUUCAGUCAUCCACAGGGACUGUAAAUCGUCCAACAUCCUCAUUACUUCUCGUGGCACGGCGAAGAUCGCAGACUUUGGCUUGGCCAAAGUUAAACAGUCUACGCGGUCCAUGGUUCGCAGCCUAGUUGGCACUGUUAACUGGCAAGCGCCCGAGCUUUGGCAUGCGCAUCCCAAAUAUAACCACAAGGUCGAUGUCUUUUCGUGCGCCAUGGUGUUCUGGGAAAUGUUUCAAUGGCACAUACCAAACAAGAAGUUCCCUUGGGAGGGAAUGAACGAGCAUGCCAUUUACGACAUUGUUGGAGCCAAACGCCAGAGACCGUCUAUUACGGGCCUGCGGAAACAGUGGUGUCCAGAAAUUAUUGACCUGCUUGAGCGGAUGUGGGCUCACGAUCCCAACGAUCGCCCAACCAUAUCUGAAGUCGUCAAAGAGUUGGAACAUAUUGCCGCCUAAGGAACUCCUUCACUCUCAUGCGGACUCAAAUCUUUAUUGCCAGUCGAAUCUGACUUUGUUGCGAACGGAAGUUCCUCGGUUUGCAUCGGGAAUUAUUGUUUAUUGUGUUUCACUGGUCCCUCUACACUAUCAUCUUCGUCAUUAUCAUCUUUCUGCAAACUUAUAUCCCGCAUUGUACCCUACCGUAGCAAUUCAAACCCGAAACCCGUGCUUGAUGUGUAA